AUGUACAACAAGUUAACGAAGAUAGCAGGAGUUCGUUCGGGAGCUGCUGAAAUAUCUCAACUACUGGUUAGAUAUCCACGAUGGAGCUACGAUGGUUACAAGCUUGUUAGGAACCUGAAAUUUAGAGAUUUUGAAACUACCUGGACAUUCUUAAAUCAAUUGGCGAUGAGAAGUCAUCUGUGGGGCCACCAUCCCACGAUCACAACUUGCUAUAACAGAAUCACCCUAGAAUUGACAACGCAUGAUGUUGGUGGUGUUAGUGACAUCGAUAUGAAAAUGGCCGUCCGCAUCGAGAAUUACGCAGCGGGGCGAGAGAAAGACGAAUAA